AUGAUAUUAAAAUUUUUGUUCAUUUUGAUAUUAAUAAAUAUAAUAAAAUGUGAUAUACAAACAAAAAGAAAUACUGCUUUAGGUACUGCAAUUAACAAUACAUUUAAUUUCUUUGAGAAAUUAAAUUACGUGUCAAAAAAUUUAAAUAACAAUAUAACUGUUAUUAAUAAAAAAGUUACAGAAUAUACUACAAAUGUAACAAAAAAAAUGUUUACUCAUCAUAAAAGGGAUUUAUAUAAGAAUUCUAAAGAAGGCAUUAAUAUAUUCAACGGAUUUCAAGAUUUCAAUAAAUUAAAUUUUGACGGUGUCCAAGAUAUAAAUUUUUUUCCUCUUCAAUAUGGAUUCAAAACAAUCUGGUUUGCUGUAGUUUUGGAUAUUUCCAAAGUAUCUUUAUACGAGAUAAAUAAUGAAAUUUUUGAUGAUGUUGGUUCUUAUUCUCUAAUAAAUGGAACAGAAAUGAUUGUAAAUAGUUACACUUACGAAGCCCUUCUUAUAAUUCAAAAUCAAAAUGGAUCAGUUGUUGUCUUAAGUUUUACUAAAGUUUUAGAUAAGUAUUACUUACAACCAAUUCAGAAUUUUGAAUUAAAUGAUGUGAUACAUUUAACAAUUUGGAAUGGAAUGAAUAAGUUGUACUUAAGCACUAUUUCUCAUUCAAACAUUUCAAUUUUUACCUGGUUUGGUAACUACUUUGAUUUGAUGCAGGUCAUCAAUAUUAAUACCAAAAAAUUAAUUCCUUUUCAAAGCAAAGGAUUUAUGUACUUAGCAGUGACUGGAUCUAAUACUUUGAUUUUUAAGUAUUUCUUAAAGUUCAAUAAGUUUCUACUAAUACAAAGGCUACCAUCAAGUCAAGAUGUUUCUUUCUUUCAAUUGAGAGAAGGCCACUUCAUGGAACAUUUUCUAACUUUAUCAACAGAGUCUUCUACCAUCAUUUAUAAGGAAAUAAAUGAUCAUUUUGUGCCAUUUCAACAAAUUUCUUCUGGCAAAUUUAUAGUACCAAUUAUUUUAAGCAAAACAAUCGUACUCUUAACUUUACAUAAAGAUAUCAUAGUAAUUUAUCAAUAUGAUGGUUGGAAAUUCAUAGAAUUAAGUACAAAAUUAUUUGAAAUCAGUCAAUUUCGUCAAGUAAUAUUAUGUGAAAAAGAAUUAUUACUGGUAAAAAAUAAAAAUGAUAAAUGGACAUUGAAACAACCACUAUGGAUUAAAAAAACGUCGUACAAAGGUUUGCAAGAAGAAAUAAGAAUAUGGAACAUUUAUGUCAAGAGCAAAGUUCAAAGAAUAAUAAAAGAAAUUUUAAAUUUGAAAAAUUCUAUUAAUAUUAUAAAAGGCCAUAUCAGACAGUUUUAUGUCCACAAUAUAAAUAGACAUAAUUCACAAAAAUUAAAAAAUGUAUCAAAACAAUAUAAAAAAUUAAUUUCUAAAUUUCAAGCACAAAAAAUUGUUAUAAGUAGUAAAUGGCAUUCUAAAAACCUAACUGUAACUUCAUUGCAUGCAAAAAAAAUUCAAGUGAAAUGUAAAAACAAGUGCAAAGUCAAUCGAUUGAAUGUUGAAGGAAAUACUAAUCUUUUAUUUAAGUUUUCAAUACCAAAGGACAUAAAUCAAGUAUUCAGUUUCAAAGAAUUAAAUGCUAAAAAAAUUAAAAAUUGGAAAUGUCCACUUUUGAAUUUUAUAAUUGAAGAUAUUAUUGUACAUAAGUCAAUUAAUGAAAUAUCUUUAAGAUAUUUGCAGGAAAAUGCUUUGAAAGUAACUGGUAAUCAAAAAAUUACAGGGAAGCAUAUUUUUGUUAAUGUAAAUGCAAUAAAUGUUUUUAUGCCAUUAAAUAUUGCUACAAAUUUAACAAACCAAGAAUUAAUAAUAAAAGAGAUGAAAGUUAAACACUUAAAUUUAACAGCAGGUGGAAUUUUAUUGCCAUUAAAUGGUCCAUUCUCAACAGUUACUGGUUUAAUUAAAAUACCUAAACUAAAAGUAAAAGGUGGUGUUCAUUUACAAGCAAAAAUAUCUGGAAAGUGGAGAAGAAGAUCAUCACCUAUAAUAGAUAUUUCUGAGUUUAUAGUUUUGAAUGGUGAUUGUAGUUUAAAAAAUGUUAAAAUUGAGAAUUUAAGAUGUACGGACUUAAUUGCUAAAAACACAGGAUCAGUUAAAAAUACUUUAUCAAAUGCAAUAUCUUUGAAUGAUGCUAUACCAGUGCCUUUAAUUUUUUCCAGUGAGAAAGUGAAAUGGAGUAAUACUACUUUAUAUGGCCUGCAAAACUGGAUUACCGCAAAUUCCCAAAAUAUUAAUAUUAUAUUGGGAAAAAAACAUAUUCUGCAGAAUGUAAAAAUAACAAAAUUCUCUUACAACAACUUAAAGUUCCCUCGGUAUGAUUUAUUUUUUAAAGAUUCAAAAUUAUGUGCUAGUUCUAUCAUUGCAUCGGAAAUUAAAACAUCAUUACUAACAGUAGAUAUUAUUACCAUAAAAGAUUUAAUUAGUUUACGACUUUUCGGAAAUUUGGGUAAAAGAUAUUUUAUUAAUAACACUACAGUUCUUUUUAACCCUAUUUUGUUUGAAAUACAAUAUUAUUAUAAUGUUACUGCAAAAAAUAUAUUUACAAUGCAGAUAAAUAAUUUAAAUUUAACAGAAUUAGAAAGACUUAUGAAUUUAUGGAUUGAAUCUAAUAUUUUUAAUGUUUCGAUAGAAACAACAGAUUUGAUAAUAAAUACUCUUCAAUUGCCUACUCGAUUUAAUAUAGAAUUGCACAAAGCUAUACAAAAUAUUAUUUUAGAACGAAAUGCCCACGUAUAUAAUAUUAAUAAUAUUAAUUAUAUCGAUUUCUUCACUAAUACCAUAAAACUCAAAGAUAUGAUAUCUUUGCAAAACAUAACAUUUCGUAAUGGUUUUAGUACAAAUCAUAUAUUUGCUUCUUAUGUUCCGUUCAAUUUAAUAAAUAUAAGAAAAAAUAAUAAUUUCCAUAAAAAAAAAAUUUUUGAAAAUAUAGAAGUAAAUGCAAUAGAUUUACCAUAUUCUUUUAAAAUCAGUCAAAAUGAUACUCUAGUUAAUGUGGUUGUUAAGGGAUUUGCAAGUUUCCCACUGGAACCAAAAAUAAAAAAUGUAAAUGAUAUUAAUCUACAAAAGUUAUCUUCAGAAAUUUGGUUAGCUAUAAAUACUACAAUACUUUAUGGAAAAAGUUUAUAUUUUAAAGAUGCAAUAAUAGAAGGAAAUUUUACACUAAAUAAUAUAAUAAAUACAUUAAAUCCUGAAGUAUGGAAGAACAUUUCGACAUAUGUUUUAAGUAAAACAAAAUUGCAAGAAAUAAUAUUUCAUGCAUCUUUGAAUAAUGUCGAAGUCCCAAUCCUGAUGGGUUCAAACGCCUCAACUAUAAUAUCCACGUCAUCAGAUUUUAACGAUAUGUUUGAGAAUUCUUUGCUAAAGAAGAAAAUUCAAAAAGUGAGAGCAAAAUGGACAUUCAAUCAAUUAAAAAUUUUAGGAAAUUUACAUGCAAAGCAUACAAUUAAUAAUCUAAAUUUCGAAAAUGAUAUUAUGAGAUACAAUUCCAAAGAAAAUAUCGUAACUGGAAGGAAAACUGUCAUGGUUUUGAAUGCGGAGAACUUGAAUGGUUACGGUUUCAAUAAAUGGGUUGCUAAUGCUUUGUUAGAAACUAAAAAGGACAUAACUAUUAAGGGUCGAACGAAAUUUAGCACUGCUGCUUUUAAUACCGUAAAGGUGUCUGGAACUAUAAUGGGACAUACCAUGGAAGAAACAUUAUCAAAGUCUAUAAAUCAAACAAUUUAUGUUCCGAAAAAAAUCCAAGGCACUAUAAAUGCAUCUGAAUUGAUUAUUAAUGGUUUCAUAAAUGACGUAAAUAUGACUGAACUUAUGGAUCAUCAGUUGAAAAAAGAUAAAUCUAUCCAAACAAUAAAAACAGAUAUUGCCUUACAAAACAGUUUAAAUAUUUAUGGCAACCUUACCAUCGAGGAUACAUAUGCAGGGGUAGUAAUGAAGAAUUUGAAUAAAAGUUAUUCUAAUAUUACUUUUACCACUGACAGAAUGAAGAAAUUUUCAAGUGUAACAAAAGCAAUUAAUAUAGCUCUACAAAGCCGUGCAAUUUACAUAAAUAAUUUGGAAGUCGUAAAAGACACUUUCGAUACCUCUAAUAAAUCUAUUGUUACUGAAAAAAUGCAAUGCAAAUUUACACGCAUAUCAUCGCAAUGUAAUAAUGAACUCGUAACGAAUUUUGUUCUUCAAUCAAAUACGAGUAACUUCAUACUGCAGAAAUCAAUUAUAUUAGAUGAAGAGGAAUUCAUAGUCUUCGUAAAAUUUGAUUCUAUUUCUAUAUAUUCUUUUAAUAAUGUAGAAAACAAUCUUGUUCAUUUAAAAGAUUUAUAUAUUGCGAAUAUAACGGAUGCAUUUGUGGAGACAAGAAUGCGUACCUUAUGGAUCGUUUUGCGAUUAACUUCACAGACUCUGGUAUUGCACUAUCAGCCAUGGGAAGAUUUGCAAAAAUAUGUCCUGCCUAUCUCUAAUGUGUUUAUAAUGAACAGGACACCAAAUAAUCAACUUUUAAUAUUAUUAUCAUAUGGUGUAUGGGAUCUUGAAGGACUAGCCAGUCCGAGACAUAUCAUUGAGAUUUUCCUCAAAGAAAAAGUAGAAACUUUUUUUGAUACAUUUAAUUAUUACGUCAAGUGUACUUUAAAAAAUAAUACAACUUUGAUGAAAGCGCGAUAUAUAAGAAAUUAG